AUGGCCGCGGAAGACGACUACUCCGACGACCUCGAGCUCCUCGAGCAGUACGACCUCGAGGCGUCCGACUCCGAUGCUUCCUCUUCCUAUUCCCAUGGCGGCGGAGCAACGCCAACGCACACCAGUCACAUCCGCAACGGCAGUGACUACGACGACGACGGCGCACAACACGCUGACGCUCUUGACGAUGCACAAAGGCUCGAACAGCUCAGGGUGCCCAUCCUCAGCAUCUGCUCGGCCCUCGGCGGGUACGAAGAGGAACAAGACAGCCGCGGACGCUUCCGCUCCGUCUACAAGCUCGGCGACGACUGCCUCGCCUGCCUGCGCGACCUCCGAAGGCUCUGGCGCCAGGACGACACCGACCCUUCCAGGGCAAUCGCACGCGUAUUCGCCCAGGUAAACGUCCUCCACAACGACCUCAUUCCCAUCCUGCUCCAUACCGCAGGCAAGGGCGCAAACAGCGACAAGGUCGCACUCGCCUGCACCGACCUCCUCACAGCAAUGACCUGGCCCAUCGACGCCAUGGCCGAGAUCCACGACGCAGUCACAAAGGAAGACGACGCGGAACACGUCAUCAGCCUGCCAGAGCUCGAAAAGGCCCAGGUCCAGUACAAGUCCUCGAUCCUCCGCCAGACAUCGACCGACGCCGGAGCCCAGCGCUCCGUCAUCCCCCUAAUUCUCCGCCACAUCCUCCUUCCCGCCCUCUCCAAGCCCAGAAUCGACCGCAGCGAGAGAGACGUCGGCGUCAUCGGCAUGUGUCUCCACUUCUUCCGCAACCUCCUCACCAUCCGAGACCCCAUCGCCACCACCCUCAGCAGCACAGACCUCCUCGCCAACGCACACCUCCAGAGCUCCCUCGUCUGCGCCAUGAACGAUGCCCACGUCCUCGACACGCUCCUCAUGCUUGCCAGCAGCGCCGACACCCGCGAGUUCAACCAGUGGAACGCCGUCACGAGCGAAUGCAUCUACCAGAUCUUCGUCGGCACUAGCCCAAAGGCGCUCGCCGACAGCCUUCCCACCACAGACGCAAAGAGCCGUGAGGAUCAGCGCAACAGCAACGGCAGCAGCAUCAACAGCGGCUUUGGCGGCGGCCCCCCGGCAGCUCGAGCUACCUCCUCGGCUCUCUCCUCCGUCCUCGCCGCAGAGGCCAGCCAAAAGAGGGCCGCCAUCCUGACCUCCGGCGCUACACGUCAUUCACGCUUCGGCACUACGAUCAACUUUGUCGGCCCCGACGGCAAUCGACGGGUGGCUCGAUCGCAGUCCGCACUUAAAAAGUCGGUUGCCCAGCUCACGGAGGAGAAUCUGGCAAAGGCAAAAAGGCGCGUCAAGCGGCGCAAGGCGGCCAGAGAAGUUGGAGCGCCCAAGCUGAAGUCGGCCUGGACCGCACAGGCUGCAGUCGUGCUGCAAAGCUGGGCCGAUCGAUUUAUGGAAACUGGCUUCGAGACGCUCACCCGUUCGGUCCUGCAGGACAUUCGUUCCGAGAGGGACAAGAUGGGCGAUCUCGAUCUCGCAAGGAUCCGGGUGAUGCAGCUUGGCGCCUUCUUCCUGGAAUAUUUCUUUCUCCGCAAGUCGGCCAGCGAGGCACGGCAGUCCGCCGAUGCGUCCUGUAAAGCGAAGGGCAAGCAGCGUGCCGUGAAUGUGGAAGCCGCCGUUGCUGCCGAGGGCACACAGAACGCCAAUGCGGGAUCCGUGCCAGAAGAAUGGCCGUUCUCGUAUGUUGCCGGCUGGCUGGAACCGUGGUCGUUCAAGAUGGUGCUGGUGCGCUCGGUCGAGGCACAAGAGAGUCGCGCCUGGCUCGAAUUCGUCUCGGCCGUUCAGCUCUGGACGGUUCUGCUCCGGCUAGUUGAUAAGAUGUCUCGCAGCCGUAGCGAGACGGAGCGUGACGUUGCCGACGGCCUCCAGGCCACCCUCUACUACCUCAACGAGACCCUCGACGCAUGCCACACAAUCAUGCGGGCCUACAGUCGGCAGAGCUUUGCCUGCCUCGACGCGAUCCUCACCUUCGCUCACAUCAUGCCCAAGAUGCUCGAGCGCUACUCGUCCAACCGCGAGCACAUGUACGUCCGGGCCCGCAAACAGGUACGCAAAUCGAGGCAGGAAGGAGAACUUGACGGCCAAGAGGACGAGGCGACUCAGGUCCGCGAACGGGCAAAGGACACGCAAACGGAGCGCGAAUUCCGCUUCAAUGACUUCCAGAAGAAGCUGGCGACGCGGCAGCUGGCAGGCGCGUGCAUCAUGUACCUUUUGCGCUGGAAGGAGUUCACCGAUCCCGAAGAACAGCUGGGCAAGGUGGUGGCCGUCAUGCAUCGGAUCGCCGUCAAGGCGGCCGACUACCGCCAGUUCUUUGUCGGCGACUGCCGAGCCGUCUUCCGCACGCUCCUAACUGGUCCCACGCUCGCUGCGCUGGAGCCAAGGGCGCCCGGACCCGUCAAGGAUCUGCGCAAGUUCAUGGACUACAUCCUGCGGAAGUUCAGCAAGCUCGACAUCGAGGAGCAGACGCUUUACGAGACGGGCAAGCGGAUGCCUAAGCCUGCCAAGGAGCCGAGGGUUCCAGCCGAGAUCAAGGUGCGCGAUGGGCACAGUUUCUCGGAGCAAAUCGGCAUCGCCGUCGGCCUGCUGCUGCAAAAGGAGAAGAUGGAGGCGGUGCUCUGGGUAAAAUCAGGCCUGGAAAUGGCCAGCGCACAGCGGGCAGAGAUUAUGCUCAACGAGCAGUCGCGCGAUCGAGCGCCGACGCCAAACGAGGUCGAACAGAACGGCGAUGCAGACAGAGAACACGUCGCCUCCGUUCGUCUGGACAGCAACGAGACAGCGGCGGACAAGAUGCAGGACUUCGAGCUGGCGUACGGCGGCAAAGAAGAGGUACGACUAGACGCCUCGAUCCUGCCAGAGCUCAAGCUCCUAUGCCGUCUCGUCGGAAUGGAAAGCAAAGAAGAAGUGAUGCUGCACUGGCGCUGGAUCAUCCCUUCACGCCUUCUGCCUGCUCAACUUGACGAGCGGAUCUCGUUGAUCGAAGAGUACCUGCGCGCACCAUUCCGGCCGGGAGGCGGGAUCGAGCUGUCGAAGCUGGUGCAACGUAAGCUCAAGCCACGAACAAGCACCCACAUCACCUCGAACUUUUCCGAGUCGUCGUCCGAUGACGACGACAACGACGACGACGAUGACGAUUCGUCUACCGACGGCGAGGCUACCAGCGGCAAGAAGAGGAAGAAGAAGGUGGCCACGAAAGCCAAGAAACGCCGUCCUGCGGCGCCGUCGCAGAAGAAGUGGAACGGCGAUAACUUCAUCGAGGAUAGCGACGAAGAACUGGAGUUUGCAAUGGCUUUGCACGGCGGGAGCGAGGGGAACGAUGCCGACGGAGACUCGGACGAGGAGCAGGACGUCGGUUCGGCGGGAUCCUUCUCGUCGAUGGCCAGACGCGGGAAUAUCCGGAAGGUGGAUACUCCACCGACGAGUUCCGGUGCGCAAGCUUCGGACGCCGGUGAGAACAUGGAUCGACACCAGGACGGCGAGCAGGAGCAGGACACCGAAGAGAUGAUGGACACGGCGCAAAGGAGGAGGAAGGACAAGAGGCAGAGCCUAGAUGCGCUUCGGCAGCAAAGGAAGCGAGCGCUGUUCCUCGAUCUCGACGAGCAUGACGAGGCCGAGGAGAUGGCGGUGGGACCCGAGGCACCCAACCGCGGCCCCACGGCACGGCAGGACGAAGUCAACGACGACCCGAUGUCAGACCUCGACGGUAUCAACGGUGACGACGAGGACCACGACGUUGCUGCGGUAUCGCGCUCUCCGGUCGUGGCGCGCUCCAAGUCAGGAUCAAAACGCGGCCUCUUUCUCGGCAGCGACGACGAGGACGAUGCGACGCCGCUGCCCAACGAGCAGGAUCAGACGCUGCGGCCCUCUUCGCGCGUCUUCAACCUUCUCAACGCUCACGACGGCGGCGACGACGACGACGAGGCACAGGACCAGAACGCGAGGGAGUCUUUGCAGUCUCUCGUCAAGCGGCGCAGGAUUGUGGUCGAUUCAGACGAAGAUGGGGAUGCGUAG